CCUUUGGCUGCUGCGGACCGGUGACAGGCGGACAGGCGGACGCAUCCUCUUCCCCUCCCGCGAGCUCGAGGCGGAUCGCUCCGAUCGAUCCGUGCCGCGGGCGCCAUGGCCGCCGCGGGGGACGCCGCGCGGUGCCCCGAGAUCCCCCGGCGGUGCCACCACUGCGCCGGGCCGCUCUCCAAGGACAUGGAAACAAGCAGCUGGACGGUGUCUCCAAUGGUUCGAGAUAGCUUCUCCAUGAUUGGUUCCGCUGUUGGGGGUAUAGCAGCAGCAUUUUAUGGCUUCAACCACACUAUGCCUGUUGUUCGACGUUACAUAAAGGGGCCAAUGUGGAUGCAUUUUCUUGUUGGUGCACCCCCAGUUAUUGUUUUCUCUUCUGCAUGUGCUGGAUUAGCAGGUGGUACAAUACCAGCAGCUGCACAGCUGGUUUCAUCAUCCUAUCAUGCUGCCAUGUCAUCACCCUCCUCUGCCUGCUCUUCUCCACAUACAGCCAUGGCAUCACAGUCCUUUGCCCGCCCUGCCUCUCAUGAUGACAUGCACAAGGCAAGAAGCUCCUCGCCAUUGUAACUUGCCUGCCUUGAGAAACUAUCAUCUUGAUUAUGCAAGACGAGGGGAACCCUCUAUACCAUGAAUGUGUUUACCACUUCUCGCCGGUUCAAUGAGGGACCUUUUUGUAAAUGGUAUUUUUGCUCCAGGAUACUAUGUAUGCCCUGUUCAUAAAUUUUGGUAUUUAUCUUUAUCUCGAUGUAUAGCUUAUGGCCUCGGGCCAAGAUUUGUGGUCCAAUAAUUCUCGAACUGUCGUGACCAGCUUAUGCUCACCUGAGGUUGUUUUCAUAUAUUCCAACACUCGAACAUAUUCAUUUGCUCAAUUCUAGUUUGGCUUGAUUCAAUUUUGACAAGUCAGAA